CUCGGUGGAAGUGUGCCGUGUUGUGGGGGAGGUGGGGCGGACAUCCAUGAAGUAAAGAGAGGAGGUAAAAAAAAAAACGCGUUUUCCAUCAUUGCUGAGCCCCUCCCAGCCCUCUGACGACCGGAUCCAGGCUUUUCUAAAGAGAGAGGCAGAGCAAGAUGAAAGCAAUCGGAGCUGCGGUACUCGGCGCCGUGUUCUGCACCGUUGUGUCAGCAUCUUCCAAAGUCAAAGAGGAGAGCAGGACAGCCUUCUUCGGCGAGGACGUCCACAUCGAAGUGUCGUCCUGGAACGACUCGGACGUGGUCUUCAAACCCAGGACCAACAGCUCCUACGAGGUGCAGCUGCUCGGGCCGGGCCGGGUCGUGACUCACAACAGGACCGAGCUCAGCUCUUUGGGCCACCUGGUGCUGAAGGACGUGCAGGAGGAGGAUGAGGGGCUGUACGUCAUCAGGAGCAGGAGGAACUCCAGCAUGGUCAGACACCUCCACCUCAUCGUCCGCGACUGCGCUUCGGAGAAUGUUGUAAAAUACGGAGAAACGUACACCAUCCAUGUGAAGAACAUCCAAGGUCCCAUCACGCUGGAGUUCAGGCCCAGUCUGGUCCGAGUCAACCAGACGGUCGUCCCUCACGCCUCUGAGCCGCCGCCGCUGCUCCUCUACAACAACGCCACGGUGCUGGGCGAGGACUACGUGCACCGCCUCAGCGUGUCGGAGACGCAGGUGACGCUGCACUCGGUCAGAAUGAUGGACGAAGGAAGCUUCACGGUGCUGGACCGAGACGGUCACAUCAAGAUGAGGAGCUGUCUGAAUGUCAGAGAUCACCAGAAGUUCCUGCACUUCUCCUAUGACGAAAGCCCGAGGAUUAAGCUCUUCCAGCACUACUCCAACCUCAACGUGGUCUACCGGUCCAAAGCGGACAACCAGGACCAGGUCAUAGUGAACCAGGGGGUUCUGGUGAGUCCGCUGGAGCCUCAGCUGGACGGACGGCUGACGGUGUCCGGCUCAGAGCUCGUCCUGAAGAAGGUCCACACCACCGACACCGGCGUCUUCAAGGUGACCGACCUGGCCGGCUUCCCUGUGGCUCACCUUUACGUAGAAGUGGAAGCCUACAAGCUGCCCCCCGUGGCCGUGGCCAUCCUGUCCAUGCUGGGCCUGAUCGCCUUCAUGGUGCUGGUGUGCCUGCUGUCCUGCCUCUACAAGAUACACAAAAGAAACGAGAAGAACAGGAAGCUGACGCUCAUUGCUCAGCAGGCAGGGAAAGGAGACGGAGAGGCUUUCAGACAGGUGGUCCAUGACGCGUACAUCAGGUUCACAGAGGAGUCGCUGACGCAGUCGGUGUGUGACCAGCCGUCAGAGGCCACCGAGGUCACCAUUAAGGGCCUGGAGGUGUCCAAACCAGGCCGCUACCAGACGCUCCCCUCGGACAGCUUUCUGGAAAUGAGUGACUCCGGCGUGGAGUUCACCCACUCUGGCCUCCACCUGGACAGCGACACCGAGGCCGUGAUGACCUACGCCUCCCACAAGCCCCUCCUGAACGCCGCCUCGCCGCCCGCCGUCACAGAAGCCGUGCUCUCCGACAGCCUGGAGGCCACCGCCGCCCCCGACGGAGACCUCAGCGCCGUGCGAACCCCGGACUCUGUCAUGAGCGCCAGCCCCGCCUCCAACCCCCGCUCGGCCUCGGCCGCCACCCCCGACGGCAGCCUGCAAGGCGCCGCGUCCCCGGCCACGCCCUCCAGGGGCUCCGCGGAGACCGACCCGGCCCCGACGGAGGCGGAGGGAGAGGAGGCCGCCCAGAAGGAGUAACCAGGAAGUACCAGAGCGCCUCCGGAAGCUUUUAACGAUCUAAACACGGACAAAUCCUUUAUCCGUCCUCCUGAAACAUCAAAUAUAAAAUAUACAGAGGAUGGCCGUAGAUGUGCUGAAUGCAAAAAAGAAAUGCACAACAAAUACGUCAAAUUCACAAAUGCACAGAGAAAAAAUAAGAAAAAGAAAACUCCAACAUGGCCGCCUAUCAAAAGAACAAAGCAAUCCAGUGCAUGAAGUUCAGGAAGAGAUAAAAGAAAAAGUCUUAGGGUCAGAUCUAGACCGUUAGCGUAGACCACAUGCAUGCGUUAGGAAAUAAAAACACUCCCCGCACUUCUAUCACGCCCCAAUCCUUUGCGUUCAUGUCAAACCGGUUCAGUAACAGGAAAACGACAAGCGUCUGAGGCUACCGUCAGCUUUCAGUGAAUCCUAGCUCCAAACGGCGAAGAGUUUUUCCUCUGAAGCAGCUUUGUCUGCCGCCUCAGAGAAUCACGCCGAUGAUUGCAUUUCAAGGCCGCUCCCACUCGCUGUGUUAUUAACAGGACAAGCAUGUCAGAGAAACAUCCCCGCAUCUCCGCUCGAAACUGCUGCUUUCAGCAUCCGCUCGCCGGGAUUAGCUACUCGAGGUGUUAUUUCU